AUGGCCUCAAACGGACCCAACAAGCGCAAAGGCGUAUGGGAUCCCUCUUCGUCUCUCAAUCGUAAGCGAGUGAAGAUACAUGAUGCUCGCACUCUGGCUGUACAGAGCUCUGACGCAGCUCUGUCGAAAACCGGGGAGCUCAAUGUUGCGGCCUUCGUCGCUGCUCGACAGUUCGAAAUCCGUGCUCUAGAGGCUGGGAUCAGAAAGUCCAAAAAUGCAGCUACGACACGCGCCUUUCAGCAGGUACCUAAGAGUCUCAGGCGGAGAACUGCGAGUCACAAUGUGAAGCGUGUACCCCGGCGACUACGAGCUCGAGCGAAACGGGAGAUGAUAGAAGAUAACACCCCGACUGUCACGGCACGACGAAGGAAACCGACUGAGUUGAUGAGACUCAGACUCGAAAGCGCCAGGCGGCUCCAGGGUCUUAACGCUCGCUCAAAAGCAAAAAGGCAAGCUGCAGCAAAGGCCAAACUGGCAGAAUCUCCCCAUUAUGCUGGUCAUGAUGCCGAAGUUGCCCCUAGAAUUCCAAAGAUAAAAAAGAACAAACUCUCCCACCCUCAGAAGCCGGCAUCGAAAUUCAGAAAGCGCCAGAUUUGCAAGACAUGGCUGCCAACUCAUAUGUUUCAUGCAAAACGGGCACAUCUUACAGCACCAAAAGCCCCGCUAUGGAGAUUUGCGAUUCCAUUGACACCUACGGAGAAAUGCUAUCGGUCAACCCACCGUGCCAGCGGGGCAAGGGGUGCAAUUGCUUGGGACAUGAGCUACAUGUCUACAAUUAGCCUCGAAGGAACAUAUGCCAGUCUAGAGAAUCUUUUACGAGCACUAAGUGUGAAUGGGCAGAACGCAUGGGGAAGUAAUGGGCGCAAAUGGAGGAACGGAACUCGAAGUUUACACGCCUGGGUCUGUGAAAGGGAUGGGCAAAAACGCCCCAUUGCUCCUGUUCACUUGAUCUGGUGUCCAGUCAAACAAGAUGAAGAUAUAGAAAUGGCAGAUGCUGACUCUGUGCCAAAGAGACAGCUAAACUCAAAGGAGCCAAGACGGCGCAUGUUCCUCAGAGUCCACCCAUCUGCUUUCUUGCAGCUGUGGGAGCAGCUCUUAAACUUAGCCAAAAUCCAGAAACCUCAAGUUAUGGUUGAGGACCUCCGGUUCGAAAUAGGGAGUAUAGAAAUAUCAGGGCCCGGUGCUACGGAGGCCUUGCUAGGUGCACUGAACCCUACUCUGCCCAAUGGUGUGGACGUGUGGCCAGAAGGCUCACCUGAAUUAACAUGGCAGUCUCUGGCUGGGUUAACAAAUUCAGCAUCGUUACCUCAGAAUGCGCUUCUUUCAUUUAACAUCACCGACCCGCGUCUCCGUUUCCCACCCAAAACUAUCAAAAUACCAAAGACUGCUGAAAGUCAUACUAAGUUGAUGGAAACAUUGGCUUCAUGGAAGCCAGACUCAACUCAAAACUCGCCCACAGAUCUGUUUUCUCAACCUGCCAGACGCAAAGCAUGUUGGCAACUAUCAUCUCAAAAAGCGAUAAAUAGGAGGAAAUCCCAAGCUGGUCCAGGAGAGAACGUUCCUCCGGAACCAACUGAUCCAAAUAUUCCCAUAAUACUUCUUUCCACUCACAAUACCUCAAAGAACUCUAACUCUCAAGGUUCAUGGACAGUUCUGCUACCAUGGAAGUGCGUCACACCAGUGUGGUAUUACCUACUCUACUACCCCCUCUCAUGUGGAGGAAAUCCGCGGUUUGGCGGAAUCCAGGAGCAGCAACAGCUUGCAUUUGAGUCGAAGAAGCCGUGGUUUCCAGGUGACUUCCCCGGGACCAAAGCUGGAUGGGAAUGGGAAAUCCGCGAACGGAAGAGAGCGAAGGAAGCCUGGGAGAGUAAGCCGAAAGCAAAGCGGACUGAAUAUAACAGUGUCAAUCUUGGGCCAGGGGAAAAAGGGGAAAUUGGUCAAGGUUGGGCUUGCGACUGGGAACGUUUGCUUUCAGGGCCCACUUCAUUAGCCACUGGUAAUGAAGUUAAACCGGUUGAGAGCAAUAAUCAAUCUGAUGGCCCCGAAACGGCUGAGGCGGCUGUGACUAUUCCUCCAAACCUCAGCCAGCUUGAUCCUUUGAUUGCCGCUGAGAUUAUAUUCAGCAAGGUAGAAUCAAUUCAGCUUCCUGCCUCAAUGGAAUCUCUCCUUGAGAAGCCCACUCUUGCAACUGUUGCGAUAACUCUCUUUAAUCGAGGUACUCCUGUGCGGCGUUCUCGAAUAUACCGCCUCCCAACCUCGGAUCUAUAUCUUCGAUCAAAGUGGCUUUCUCUCUUAGACCAGUUAAAGCAGCCCUCAAAGAAGGCAAAGAACAGCUCUAAGGAAUCUGUGCAUUUACCAAUUCCACAGGAAGAGGACCUACUGGGCUUCGUGACCUCAGGCAAUUUUAACCUUGCUGCGGGAAAGGGAACGGGGAUUGGUGCGAUACUGGUCAAUAAGAUAUGUCCUCACAAGCACCCGGAUGAGCCCAGUGCCGCUUCAGCCAGAAAAGGCAGCCACCAAGUGGAAAAUAAACUCAUAAAGGUAUGUAUCGUGAGAGCUGCUGGAGAACGUGUUGGAAGACUAGGGUGGUGGGAAAUUACUUGA